UCUAUUAGCGAAUGUUAACUAAAGUGUAAAAAUCAACUAGUAGUAGACAUGAGGUAGAUAUUUUAUAUUUUGAAAAUGAAUAUACUAUUUUACUAAAAUGUGGAUGUUUUCUCCUUUAAAUGAUUUCGUUUCUGGUUCUGAUGAUGUUGUUGUAAUGAUUCAGCUAAUGGAAAGACCCAGGAUUAACUAUGGUUGGAUUCCAGAUGAGGUGAGAGAGAGACAGUUGUAGCAUAUCACUCAUCGUCAUACCAGUGUCCACAGAGGUUUAUUUAUACUUAAAAUGUCAGCCAAUGUCACGUCACGUUCCAAUGAGGAGGGUGUUGUAGGUGAUAUAUAGUUAGCAUAGGGUGGGUCCCAUUGUUAAGAAUCAAAGGAAGAUGGAUGCAGCUCUGUAACAAUGAAUUUAAAAAGAAAACGUGAUAAGAUCAUGAAAGAACAUCUUUCUUCCCUCUACCUAAUGACCGGCCAUUUACAAAGGUCGUUCCAUUCAUACUCACCUGUCAGCAGCAUCUGCUGAGGCGAAUUUAAAUGUUUUGGUGACGUCAAGAGACCGCUGGAACUUUGGCAAUCACCAAGGCCCACUAGGUCAUAUAAAAGGCCUGUCCCAGAGUGUGUAGGAGAGAGAGAGAAAGAGAAGAGGGGAGGAAAAUAGAAGUGGAGAGAUAAGAUACCCAGUGGAGGUGUUUAUUUAAGUGGUGUCAUGUCUCUGGCACAUACCAACAACAGGGUUUGUCUGAGCUGUCUGUUUUGUGAGAGGCACACAAUACCUCAGACAAGCACAGAGACCAAGGGGGAACAGAAAUAAGGUGCGGAGGGAUCAGUGGGGCUUCCUCUUUUUCUACAUUUUCUUAGUGCAUGUGACCGGGGACAGCCAUGAGUAAACAGGCAACUCUGGCCACCUGCAUUGCCAAGUUGUAUGAAGGCGGCAGGCUGGAGAACUCUGGAACUCCAUCUGGGACGGUCAAGAAGACGAGUCCGACUCUGAUAGGUAGCCUGAGCAAUGUGGAGGUCAAGUUAAACACCCUGGAAGCAAAGGUGGAACAGAUUGAACAUACCCAGACGGAGGUGCUUCACAAGCUGAGUUCACUGUGUCAAGGAAUGGAGGCGCUUGAAAGAAGCCUUGUGCAGCACAAGCAUUGUGCCCAAGAAGCAAACGUGAUCAAAAAUGGUCAGCGAGAGAGCAGCAAACUUCCUUUGCUGACUGAGGUCAGAUCACUUUGUGGUGAAACUGUGGAUCUGCUUCAUAAUCUCAAGCACGAGAGCCAGCAACAGAGAAAGAAGAUUGAAUGCAUGGAAAGUUCUUUGUCCACUCUGGAGAAAGUUUUAGGGUAUGUGGGAGAUGCUUUCAGAAACUCAAAGAUUGUGGAGUUCAUCCUCAAUGGUGUGGUGCCUUGGAGAAAACAAGGCCUUGUGGACACUGUGGAUGAAGAGAAAAACAAACCAGAUGACAACGGCAUUAAACAAAACAACAGUUUCUGCCACCAGAGCACACAGACUUCAGAGGAGGUUAAAGAAGUAAUUUCAGCUGAGACUGAACUCCAGCAGCCAGAGGUCACUGUACCCACUGGUCCCAGCAGCCUACCUAUACCUGAAGCCCUUACAAAAGAAAACAAACCUCUGAUACCUGUCAGUAUAGGAGAAAACUCCAAAGCCUUAAGGAAGGCCAAGGAGGUCACAGUGAAAAGCAGAGCGCCUGCACAGGUUCAGACAUUUGCCCCUGAUAUCCAGCUGGAGGAGGAGAUUGAUGUGCAUUAUUUACCCAAACAAGAGACAGAUAUCCCAGCCGCUGCUCCGGCUAAUUCUGAAUGUGUCACUGCGACAACAACUAAAGUGGAAAAAGAUUCGGCUCUUCAGCAAAAGAGGGCUCUUGAGCAGGCAGACGCUUUGCAGGUUGGUGUGGAGGCUUCACUUGAGUCAGCAGUUCCUGAGCAACACGUGGAGCUAACGGUUGACGUUCCUAAAAAACAGGAUGAAGUUUCUCAGAUUGUUGAUGAGGCUUCAUUGAAACCGUCGGUUUCUGCAGAGCAACAGCUAGAGAAGGAUGUUUUUCACAAACCUAUGCUCUGCAUCAAAGAGCCUGUCGACGAGGUCAAGUCACAAAAUAUAGAGACAGCGGAGAGUGCAACACCUGUGCCAAAACACGAUGAGAAAAAAACUGAAUCUGAACCAGCUGACGAAAAAAAUGAAAACAAAACUAUUGAAAAGAUAUUGGAGGCUGAACUAUUAAAGAACUGUGCAGCUACAAGCCCACAAACAACAGCCAUUGUUGAGGGAGAAAAAGACAAAUCGUCACCUAUUAGAAAAGCUGAGUCACAGCUACUGAUCAUCGAUGACAGUCCACCUCUCCCAGCCCCGUUUGAUCACCGAAUCGUCAGCGCCAAGCAGGUUCCCAUGAACGCAUAUUACGCUGUCAACCCCGAUGAGGUGCUUGGCGGAGGACGUUUUGGACAGGUGCACAAGUGUGCUGAACUGUCGUCGGGUCUUACGCUGGCUGCUAAGAUUAUCAAAGUCAGGGGAAUGAAAGAGAGGGACGAAGUGAAGAAUGAGAUUGGAGUAAUGAACCAGUUAAACCAUGCGAAUUUGAUUCAGCUGUAUGAUGCUUUUGAGUCUCGAACUAAUCUCACACUCAUAAUGGAAUACGUGGAGGGUGGUGAAUUGUUUGAACGUAUCAUUGAUGAGAAUUACCACCUGACGGAGCUGGAUGCCAUCGUGUUUACCAGGCAGAUCUGUGAGGGGGUUCAGUACCUCCACCAGCAGUACAUUCUCCAUUUAGAUCUUAAGCCAGAAAAUAUUUUAUGUGUGAACAGCACAGGGAAUCAGAUCAAGAUCAUUGACUUUGGACUCGCCAGAAAGUAUAGACCCAGAGAAAAGCUGAAGGUCAACUUUGGAACCCCAGAGUUCCUGGCACCAGAAGUUGUCAACUACGACUUUGUGUCAUUUCCUACAGACAUGUGGAGUGUUGGUGUCAUCACAUACAUGCUUCUGAGCGGCCUUUCUCCAUUCAUGGGUGACAACGACACAGAAACAAUGAACAACAUUCUGCAUGCCAACUGGGACUUUGAUGCAGAGGCAUUUGAGAAUGUGUCAGAAGAAGCCAAAGACUUCAUUUCCAGCCUUCUUGUGCCCGCCAAAUGCAGCCGAAUGAGUGCGUCAGGGUGUAUGAAGCAUAGCUGGCUAAAUAACCUGGAGGACAAAGCCAAGAUGUACAAAGUUCGGCUGAAGUCUCAGAUGACGCUUCAGCGCUACCUCGCUGCUCACCGUCAGUGGAAGAAACAUUUCUAUGCGGUUGCGGCAGCCAACAGGUUGAAGAGGUUUCAGCAGAGCAGAUCAGUUAGUACUCCAAAUUAGCUGUUAACCUGGAGGAGAGCGUCAGCAGCUUGUCCGAAGAUCUGAAAGUGUUUAAUGUGUUCUUGCUUUGUUUGCAGCCAGUGUAAAAGCAACUUGUUAAAACCCAUCACAUUUUCGUAACGUACCUUGUUUGGAACACCGUCGCGUUUCAUUUACACUUCUUUAUCAUGCUUUCACACCAGGAGUGUACGGCAUGGAUUGCAGGGCAUGCUUUUGAACUACAUGAAAAAGCUUCUGUCCCUUCUGUGAAGGUGUUUUUCUUGGGCACUACUGCCUUAUAUUAGUAUUAAAAAUAAGGUGUUUUCAUUCUCAUGGUUCAAUAUUCAGUAAAACAACACGUAUCAUGAAGAUUUGAUGUAUAGAAACACAGUAUUUAUUAUACGUUUCUUUCUUUAAUUACAACUGGAAACAAGAUCUGAAUAACAGACCUGCAUGGUAUGUAAAAUUUGCAUUUAAAACCUUUCACUGGUUGUUCUGAAAUAUACGAAUGUUAAUGUUGUGCUUUCUAAGAAUUUAUUGCUUUUGUGUUUGUGUGGCUGCACGCAUUCAUAUGGUAAUAGCAUAACCACAAAUAAAUACACAAAGGUGGUUCUGUGCUUGGCAUGGCAACUGGCAUUCGAGUACACAGAAAUUAGCAGAGAAUUAAACGGCACUUCUGUCUU